AUGUCUCCCGUUCCUCCCCAGAUGAAGGCCGUUCAAAUUAACAAGAAUGGCGGCACUGAGGUCCUCGAGUUCAACGACGUUGCUGUUCCAAAAGCUGGAGAGGGGCAGAUCCUCGUGCGGAACCAGAUUGCUGGGCUUAACUAUAUUGACACAUAUUUCCGCUCGGGAUUGUACAAGGCGCCCCAGUUUCCUCUCACACUUGGCCGUGAAGCUGCUGGAACGGUCGUCGACGCUCAUUCUUCUGUAACGGGGUUUGAGAACGGCACUCGUGUGGUUUUUAUGGGCAACGUUAACGCGUACGCUCAAUACAGCGUUGUGAACGCCUCUGAUGCCAUCGUCAUUCCCGACGAUAUUCCCACUGAGCAAGCUGUUGCUGCUUACCUGCAAGGUCUUACAGCAUGGACAUUCAUCCGAGAAGCUGGCCAGGUCAAGGAAGGUCAAUGGGUGCUUGUUCACGCGGCAUCUGGUGGUGUUGGUACGCUGCUGGUUCAACUUCUGCGAACUGUAGGCGCAAAGGUCAUCGGCACAGCCAGCUCAGAUGAGAAGCUUGCGCUGGCGAAGAAGAAUGGUGCCGAGUGGGUCAUCAACUCUCACGACGAUGUUGUUGCAAAGGUUAAGGAGAUUACCGGUGGUCAUGGAGCGGAUGUCAUCUUUGACGGCGUUGGCAAGGUUACCUUUGAUGGAGAUCUCGAUCUGAUUGCUUCCAAGGGCAGUCUCAUCUCUUUCGGCAACGCAUCCGGCGCCGUGGACCCUGUGAGCCUUUUCCGACUCACCCCCAAGAACGUCCGCCUGAUGCGCCCCGUGGUCAACGGUUAUGUUUCUCAGCGAGCUGAUCUCGAAAAGUACACAUCCGAGCUUUUCGACCUUAUCAAGUCCAAGAAGCUUGAGCUCACUAUCCACAAGGUGUACCCUCUCAAGGACGUGGCCCAGGCACACCAAGACAUUGAGAGCCGAAAGACGACUGGAAAACUGCUCAUUAAGAUCGAUUAA